AUGUCUACUGAUGUUUCUGAUACAUGUAGCAAUGAGGGAACGAAAUUGUCAAACCUCUUCAAGCGCGAUUCGUCGCGAGACAGCCUUUCGGAGUCCUCAUCAUGCAGCUAUGCAAAAGUUGAAUCAUCAGAGGUAUCGAGCAUUUCUGUGUCUUCAGAAAUAGACAAUUUAUGCACCCAAAAAAUGAUGCACUCGGCUAGUUAUGGUGUGAGCCGAAACCUUAAGACUAUUUUGAGAAAGACUUCAGAAAUGGUUUACUUGUCGAAGAGACCAUUUCCCGAUGUGCACGCUGGACCACUAACAUAUGUUCAAUCAUUCAAGGAUAUUAUCAGCUAUUUUGCUGAUAACGAGAUUUUGCCUAGUUUAUCAUCGCUAUGCCAAAAGUUGCAGCAAGGACUGCCGAUGCAAAGGAUCAGCAGAAGGAAACAGGUGCUUUAUUUAUUUAAAUUAGAGAAUGAAGAAGCAAUUACUUGGAAAGCUGGUAGUAAACGCUUAGAGCUGGACUCUAUUAAAGAUAUUAGGAUUGGACGAAUGGCAAGUAAUUACAGAGAAGAGUAUGGUGUAUCAGAGAAGGUAGCAAAUCAGUGGAUAACGAUAAUAUAUGCCGUAUCAAAUAAGUUAAAAGCUCUACAUGUAGUUGCAAAAAAUGAGAAUGAUUUCAACACUUUUUUGAGUUGUGUGUGUGGUCUUACAUACACUAGAAGAGAAUUAAUGGAAAGCAUUUCUGUUCCUGAUAACGAAAAAUUUGCAAACAUCCAUUGGCGAGCAUCGGUUUCAGAUAGAAAGGAAGAUGAACUGAAGGAUACACUGACUUUUGAAGAUGUGACCAGACUUUGUGACAGGUUUCAUAUAUAUUGUUCUUUGAAGCACCUCAAAAAGCUAUUUUCGGUAGCCGAUAUCAAUCAGAACGGUCUACUCAAUUUUCAGGAAUUUCAAGCGUUCGUGAAGUUACUGAAAAGACGGCCCGAAAUUACAAGUCUGUGGGACUCAUUGACAGGCGAGGGACAUUCCAUGGAUUUCGAUGGAUUCUAUCAUGUUAUCAAGGAUGUUCAAAACGAAGACAUCGAUAGGGAGAAUGCAAGAAUAAUUUUUGAAAGAUUUUGUGGCUCACAUAAUUCAGUUUUGGAUGAGAACGACUUCAUAAAGUUUUUGGGAGCUCAACCAUACAUGAAAAAAUUAUCUGAAGACUAUUCUAAACCACUGAACAAUUAUUUCAUAGCAUCGUCCCAUAAUACGUAUCUGCUGGGUAAGCAAGUUGGAGAGACGCCCUCAGUUGAAGGAUAUGUCCAGGCAUUACAGCAAGGGUGUCGAUGUAUAGAAAUUGAUAUAUGGGAUGAUGAUAUGGGACCAGUUGUAUGUCACGGCUUUUUGACGGGCGCUAUUCCACUUGUUAAUGUUGCGGAAAUCAUAAGAAAAUACGCUUUCAUUACAUCUCCAUAUCCUCUCAUAAUAUCCUUGGAAAUAAAUUGUAAUACAGAGAAUCAAAUAAUUGCAAGUUCAAUUUUCCAAAAUUCCUUGGGAUCAAUGUUGGUUCGGUCUGAAUUUGAGGAGUCUGGAGAUUUACCAUCUCCAAAAGAGCUUAUGCAUAAGAUAAUACUUAAAGGCAAGAAAAACGCAAAUUUCUCAUUGGGCGCAAUCAACCAAGAUAAUGCACUGUCGGCAGAGAGUACAUCCUCGUGCAGUUCCUUCGAUUCUGAAGCCGAAAAUAUGGGCAAAGCAGUGGAGCGUAAGUCGUCCACACGUAUGAGACGAAUACGUAGAAUGACAAUAUCCAAGCAUGUCGAAGUGUGUGAUAGCGUUUUAGAGAUAUGUGGUUUAUUCGGUUUGAAAUUCAGAAAUUUCUCACUGCCAGCAUCUAAAACUUCCAACCAUUGUUUUUCACUGAACGAGAAAAAGUUUGAUAGUAUGUGUAAGGAUAAGACACAGGUGCUAUCAUUAGAUAAACACAAUAGAAAAUAUCUGAUGCGGGUUUAUCCUUAUGCACUUCGAUACAAGUCUAGUAAUUUCAACCCCAUAAAAUAUUGGAAAAUGGGGGCUCAAAUGGUCGCAACUAAUUGGCAAACGUACGACUUGGGACAGCAGAUCAAUCUUGCAAUGUUCCAACUUUCCAACCAAAAAAACGGUGUACUGCAUUCUGGUUACGUGCUAAAACCACCCAGUUUAAUUCCGAAAGUUGCAAAAGUACAGGAGCUACCUUCCCUAUAUAAAAAGAUGCGGCGUAGCAUUACGCAUAUUAAUCUAAAGGUUCUUUCAGCACAACUACUGCCGAAACCUUCUGAUGGACACAAUGGCAAAGAACUCUUCGCUCCUUAUGUUACGGUCGAGUUUAUCAUUGAUGAAGAACCCAUCUCACCUGUUGGAGUUACAAAUGGAUCUAAGAUAUCAGCAACUACUGCUUCAACCAGUUUUUGCAAAGAAAAUGGACUAAACCCAUCCUGGGAUACAGAAAUGUCAUUGUUAGUAAAAUCUCUGGAUUUUGCAUUUGUCAGGUUUACGGUUAAAACAAAUGAAAUUAUAUUAGCAACGUCAUGUUUUAAAGUUGAGUAUUUGAGAACAGGCUACAGACAUAUACCGCUAUACAAUGUGGAGGGUGAAGUCUACAUUUUCUCUACAUUAUUUAUUUUCUUAGAUGUGCAUUAA